AUGAUGCAAUGUUUGAGGAGGGCAGUUCUGGGGCGGCGGGGUGUAACAGCCCCCUUUUCCAUCCAUUCGAGAAGCCUUUUCUUAAGUCAAGGUAUGCUCGCCCCAAAGGUCAAGCCAGGGAAAAAGGGACAAGAUAAAAAAGAUGGUCGAGGUGGAGAGACCACUGACAGUAAGGACGAACAGAAGGCACACAUUUUUAACAUUUACAAUACAGUUGAGAAGGACCAUGAAAUUCUGCCUGACCAUGCCUACCCUAAAUGGCUGUGGGAAUUAGAAAAACCGAUGAAGAGCUAUGGCGAGUUGGCCCUCAUGUUCCUGUACGGAAAGAAUGUUGAAAAGGCCACGGCAGACGAUUACCAUCGCUUUCGCAGGCUGCACAACAAAAAUCUGAUCAAACUGAACAACAUGAGGCUGAAGAAGUCCAAGCGGUCGACGGUUAAGCCGGUCUUUUGGGACCUCUAG